AUGCGACACCGCUCCUCCCUCGAAGAAAGUCCACGGUCUCACCCCUUUUGUCCGAUCAAUCACCUGAUCCGGUACCACAAAAUCGCGUGGUUUAAUCGCCUCCUGCAAACUGCCAACAGCGGAGAACGCGAUGAUGCUCCUCACGCCAAUGGACCUGAGAGCCGCAAUGUUCGCCCGGCUGGGUACCUCGUGCGGUGCAAGUUCAUGAUGCGCGCCGUGUCGACUGAGGAAUGCAAUGGGGACAGUCUUUCCCGUCGUGGAGCAUUUGUGAUGGAGGACCGUGAUGGGGGAGGAUGGAUUGCCCCAUGGCGUGGUUAUCGUGAGGCAGGCUACCUGGGUGAACCCGGGGAGUUCGCGAAGACCAGUUCCGCCGAUUACUCCGAUAUGGACGGGAUCUAG